GCUGCAGAAGAAGAGCGCUAACUGUUUGUCGUAUUUCUCCAGCCUCAGCUGACUUCUCUCCAAUGCCCGGCUAACAGCAUCGGCGCAGGUUCCGAAGAAAAAACCCAAUCCUAUGCUGCGAAAGAGAAGGAAGAUCGCAGAGAACAGUUCCUGACGGAGAACGAGCACCGGCUUUCGUUAACAUGGAAAAACAGUUGCAUUUAAACCUUUUACCCUCCAGACCUCCGAUGGCUGGUGGAUUUCAGUCCAGCUCGAAGAUGAAAAUGGGACCUGGACGGAAGAGAGAUUUCUCCCCACUGUCCUGGAGUCAGUACUUUGAGACCAUGGAAGAUGUUGAGGUGGAAAACGAAAAUGGCAAAGAUAUUUUCAGAGUUUACUGCAGCGGUGCCCAUGGUCCGGUGCUGCUGCUGCUCCAUGGAGGAGGACACUCUGCACUCUCCUGGGCCGUGUUCACUGCUGUAAUAUUUAGCAGGAUCAACUGCAGGGUGGUGGCUAUGGACCUUCGAGCUCAUGGCGACACCAAGGUGAAAAACCCGGAUGAUCUGUCUGCAGACACAAUGGCCAAGGACAUUGGCAAAGUGGUGGAGGUGCUCUAUGGAGACAACCCUCCUCCGAUCAUGAUUAUCGGACACAGCAUGGGUGGGGCCAUUGCAGUUCACACGGCCGCUGCCAAUCACCUACAAUCUCUGCUCGGCCUCUGUGUCAUUGACGUUGUAGAAGGAACAGCAAUGGAUGCUUUGAACAGUAUGCAGAAUUUCCUCAGGAGUCGCCCGAAGACUUUUAAAUCUCUGGAGAAUGCAAUUGAGUGGAGUGUAAAGAGUGGCCAGAUCCGAAACAUGGAGUCAGCACGGGUGUCAAUGGGAGGACAGGUGAAGAAAUGUGAGGAACCCACCAGCAGUCCCGCUGUGUCUAAAAGCAUUGAAGGUAUAAUAGAAGAGGAAGAGGAGGAAGACGUGGUAGAAGAGUCCAACAAGAAAAAAAUGAAGGAGGACGACCAAGAGAUAAAAAAGGAAAGUGUCUUCACCUGGCGAGUAGACCUGUCAAAGACGGAAAAAUACUGGGAGGGCUGGUUCAGAGGCCUGUCCGCCCUCUUCCUCACCUGCCCUGUGCCUAAACUUCUUCUGCUUGCAGGAGUGGACAGGCUCGACAAAGACCUUACUAUUGGACAGAUGCAAGGGAAGUUUCAGAUGCAGGUCCUUCCUCAGUGUGGUCAUGCUGUCCAUGAGGACGCACCUGAAAAAGUAGCAGAUGCUCUGGCAACAUUUAUGGUCCGGCACAAAUUCACUGACUUUAAGGAAGGAUACCUGUGCUAAUUUUCAGUUUGGAGUCUAUAUUUAGCUACCGCCCACAGAUAUAUUUCCGAAUUCAUCCACAUCUUGGUACAAUUUGACAGCAAAGUAAGGAAAAUACAACAAACAUUAUUACAACAUUGUUAUUAUCAUUGUUAUUAUUAUUGCUUUUGAAAUGUAGAUAAUUUGCUUUUUGAGCGUUGCCUUAUUUCUAAUUUAAAACAGGGAUUUGAUUUUUCCUUUACAAUAUAUAUUUUUAAGUAAUGUGCUCCUUGUUUAAUGUUUUCUUUUGAAUGAUUGCAUCAUGUGUUUGUAAUGUUUAAAUUCAAACUGAUUUAAGAUCAAAGCAGCUAAAAUGUCACCCAUGCUUGUACAUUUGGUAAAUGUAAUAAAAUAUCAUUGUCAUUA